UUAAUGCAGGAAUAUUAAACCAAGACAAUGAAACUAUGACACUGAUGUAGUCAGUCCUAGCUUUCCAUUACACCAGUCAUCCAUUCUUUACUGAUCGAGUUAAUCUGCACUACACAGUAGCGCCUCCCCUUCUUUUUUCCUCCCGUCUCAUCCUCUCGUGUCUACUCUGUGUUUCACUUUAUAAAAUUAGCGCGUCAGGUUUGGUCUCACCCCCCCCCCCCAAAAAUAUUUUCUUCUUUAUUUAUGAUUGUUUAAAACAUUAACUUUCUGAAGCAGAGGAGCCAUUUCAUCAGAAUUCAAGAUACAACCAUGGAAACCCCGUUCAGACCCCAGCAGGUGAAAACAGUGAUACUGACUCUCUGCAAAAUCCCCGUCCUCUUUCAGCUGCUGUACUUCUUUGUGUGCUCCCUUAACAUUUUAAGCUCUGCCUUCCAACUAGCCGGAGGCAAGGUAGCAGGGGAUAUCUUCCAGGAAAAUGCUAUCCUGUCUAACCCAGUGGCAGGGCUGGUGGUGGGAAUUCUGGUGACAGUAUUAGUCCAGAGCUCCUCCACGUCUACUUCUAUCAUAGUCAGCCUAGUAUCCUCUGGGUUGCUGGAUGUGCAGUCAGCCAUUCCUAUCAUCAUGGGCUCAAACAUCGGUACUUCAGUGACUAAUACCAUUGUUGCACUAAUGCAGGCUGGAGAAAGAGAUGAAUUUGAAAGGGCAUUUGCUGGAGCUACUGUCCACGACUGCUUUAACUGGCUGUCUGUGCUGGUGCUGCUCCCUCUCGAGGCUGUGAGUGGGCUGCUGAGGCUACUGUCGAAGGCCGUGGUCGACGCGCUGCAGCUCAACAGUGGAGAAGAAGCUCCCGAGCUUCUUAAAGUCCUGACUGAACCCCUGACUAAACUGAUAAUCCAGCUGGAUCGAUCCGUCAUCACAGCCGUUGCUACAGGAGACCAGAGCAUGAAGAACAAGAGUCUGGUGAAGCACUGGUGUCCAAUCACAAUAUUACAGGACAACGGCACAUCAUGGGGAACACGCAACCUAACCAACCAAACAGAGAAAUGCAGGCAUCUCUUUGUGAACUGCUCUUUGUCAGACUUGGCCAUAGGUCUGAUUCUCCUGGCUUGCUCCCUGGUGAUCCUCUGCAGCUGCCUGAUACUGCUGGUUAAACUCCUCAACUCCCUGCUGAAGGGUCAGGUGGCCAGCACUAUUAACAAAGUUGUAAACACAGAUUUCCCCUACCCGUUUACCUGGCUAGCAGGUUAUCUGGCUCUAUUAGUAGGAGCAGGAAUGACCUUUCUGGUUCAGAGUAGUUCUGUCUUCACAUCUGCCAUCACUCCACUUAUAGGGAUUGGUGUGAUAAAUAUUGAAAGAGCCUACCCUUUAACGCUGGGGUCCAACCUGGGAACCACCACCACAGCUACACUGGCAGCUCUGGCCAGUCCGGGUGAUAAACUAGCGGCUGCCACACAGGUUGCUUUAUGUCAUUUCUUCUUUAAUCUUCUUGGUAUCCUGCUGUGGUAUCCCAUACCAGCCACUCGCUUACCCAUACGUAUGGCCCGUGCUCUUGGCAACUGCACUGCCAGGUACCGCUGGUUUGCUGUCUUGUACCUUCUCCUUUGCUUCCUGCUGCUCCCAUCCCUUGUGUUUGCUCUCUCCAUGGCUGGUUGGAAGGUGAUGACUGGGAUCGGCGUACCGGUCAUUUUUGUGAUUAUAUUGGUUGCAACAGUGAACAUCCUCCAGGCACGCAGGCCAGACUGUUUGCCACGUAGGCUUCAGACCUGGGACUUUCUUCCUAUUUGGAUGACCUCAUUGCAGCCCCUGGAUGGCCUCAUCACCAGAGUAACCCUGUGCUGCAGGAGAGGGAGUGGGUGGAGUUUUAAGAGAAGAGGUGGUCCAGUAACAUCCCUAGAGGGUAUUACUGUCAACGUUGAGACAAGAGUAAAGGAGAAACAUAAGCAGAACGGAGAAGACCAAGAAAGCGAAAGAGGACUGGACAGUCCAGGAUGUCUACAGCUUCAGGAGGAAAUUAAAACAGAGGACAUAUCGUCAGGAAACAACAUGCAUCCAUUGACUGCAAUGUGGUCCAUAGAGAAAAACACAAACUCAGACAAUCAGAGCACUCAACUACGAAGCACUCGCUUGUAGCAUUUACUCUAAGUCUUUGUAUUUCUACUGUAUGUCUGACCCAAUAAAACAAAGGGGCCAGAAUGUGCCUGAA